AGCUGUCAUAUAGUAUUCAUAAUUUUUGAGGUUAGGUUUCCACUUUCCACUAUUUAUUUUUUCUGAAUAAAAUAUAAUUUUUAAGCAAAUAGUCGCAAUGUUGCGGCAAAUAGCUUGUACCUUAGUCCAAACUCGGGGCAUCAAACAUAAAAUUAAUGUGAAAUGGGUACGACCGGAAUAUAUGCCAGCUUACAAACCUGAAAAAUCUGGAGAUUUGGAAAAAUUACCUCCCAUUCCUGAAACCGCUAUUGGCAGGGAUUAUGCACUAUCCGAAGAAAUCAAGGAUGCACCAGAAUCAGUAAAGAAGAUAUUCUCAGUAGGCCAUCUCGGCCGUAAGGAGUACAACCUUCUUGUCAAGGAGGAACUGAUGAACAGAGUUCGGAGACAUGAGUAUGAUUUCUCUACUGCUGAGACUAAGAUUGCGCUCAUGACAGGACAAAUUCGUUAUCUUCAAGACAAUAUGGAUAAAUUCCCUAGAAAUUCCAAAAUGAAGCAAUUAGUACAGGAGCGCAUAGACAAGAGGAAAAAGUUGUUGAAGUUUUUGAGACAGUAUGACUACAAAAAGUUUGAAUGGCUUCUGGAAAAACUUAAUAUUGAAUAUAAAGCACAUCCAGAAUCAUACCACAAGUUAUCGCGUAAGGAAUCACUUCGCAAACUAACCGAAAUGCACUGUGAAGACAUCCGUAACAAUAAACUAGCUGACUACCGCAACCUGCUUGAGAGUCAACAAGGACCGUACUUGAAAGAAAAACUAGAAAAUCUCAAGUUCAUUCGGAGUGAACAAAUGGAACUGAAACUUCCAAUCACAGUCACUGAACAGGAUAUUAAGAAAGUAGAACAACAGUUAGAAGAAUGGACGAAGAAAGAUGAGAUCAAACAGCAAGCUAAGAAAAAGAAGAGAAAUAUUAUUCUAGAAGUUGAUUAAUUAUAUUUGUAAUGUAAUGUAAUGUGUUAUAUACUAUGUUGUAGAGUA